AAACAGAAAGGCUGGGAACAAGACUAAGAAGUGUUCACUGCAGUGUGUGUGAGGGGCCGGUCUGUCCUCCUGAGAAGUUAAUCAGUAAAAACCUUUACUUUCUGUUACCAGCAGAGCUGCAGCAAAGAAACAAGCAGAAGGACUCAGACAGGAAGCUGUGAGCCUCGGCAGCAUCUUCACUCCAUCAUGUCUGGAGCUCCGCUGGGUCUGAAGACGUCCAAGAGCAAAGAAAUCCUGCAUCCAGACAUGUCUGAGGCAGGUGUUGGUGAUGCUGCAGGUUUGACCAUGAAGGUAAAACCUCCUUUAAACCUGGUUCUGGUUGGGAGCAGAGGAACAGGGAAGACUAUUGCAGCUGAAGCUAUAUUAGAUCAGACAGAUCUUCCUCCAGCCUCCAGCCCAUCACAGUGUGUUAAACAUGAGGCAGAGGUGUGUGGACGUCAGGUUUCUGUGCUACAGAUGCCUCCUCUGUACGACAAACCACCUGAGGAAGUGAUGGAGGAAUCCUUCAGGUGUGUCUCCCUCUGUGAUCCUGAGGGGGUCCAUGCCUUCAUCCUGGUCCUACCUGUGGGUCCCCUCACUGAUGAAGACAAGGGAGAGUUACAGACCAUCCAGGACACAUUCAGCCCUCGAGUCAAAGACUUCAUCAUGAUUCUGUUCACUGUGGACUCAGAUCCUGCAGCUCCAGCUGUUCUUAACUUUAUAAAGGAGACCAAGGAGAUCCAGGAGCUCUGUCAGAGCUGUGAAGGAAGAUAUUUUGUUCUUAAUGUCAAAGAAAAGAAGCAGAUCCCACAACUGUUGGAGACUGUGGAUCAAACAGGCUCUGAAGCCUCCAGAGGUUUCACAAUGGAGACCUUCACCAGAGCUAACAUGGAGAGAGUUUUAAAGCUUCAGGCUGACCUGCAGGAUGUGAGACACAAGGUGGACACAGAUAGCGAGCUCAGAGGACGUCUGGAAGAAAAAGAAGAAGAGAUGAGGAACAAAGAGGAAGAGAUGAAGAACAAAGAGGAAGAGAUGAAGAACAAAGAGGAAGAGAUGAAGAAGAAACACAAAGAGGAGCUGAAGGCUCUGAGAGCUCAGGCUGAACAAGAACGAAAGCAGAGAGUUCAGCAGCUGAAAGAAAAAGAUGAAAGUCUGGAGAAAGAGCGAGAGAAGAGGAAGAAAGAAGCUGAGGAAGAGGAGAAGAGACGAAGAAAACAGGAAGAAGCUCAGCGGCAGGAGUGGAAACAGAAACUAGAAGCUGCAGAACGAAGAAUUCAGUCAGAAAGAACAGAAAGAGAAAAGGCUGAGAGUAAACUGGAGCAGAGCAGACGAGAGAUGAAGAGAAAUCAAGAUGGUUGGGAGAAAGAGAAAGAUCAGAUCUGGGAACGAGUCCUUCAGGUACUCAAACAGAACAUGGAGGACCUGAAAGAGAACCUGCAAGAGGAGAGGAGCAGCCACAGGGAACUCCAGGAGGAGUACCACAGGAGGAGGAGGAAGUGGGUUUAUCCCUGGAUUUUCUUGUUCCCACUUUUGUUCGUUGUCUAUUUACUGUAUCAGUUUCUCACAACAUAAAGAGGACUAUAAGACCCUCAGUCUUAGAGGGACCACAGACCUGUCCUCCUGGUCCAUCUACACCAGGCAUGGUCAGUCCUGGUCCUGGAGGUCUUCAGCCCUGCAUGUUCUACUUGUUUCUCUGCUCCAACACACCUGAUAUGAUGAUUAUCAGACUUGUGCA